AUGAUCGACAAUCACCUCCCGUUCGCCUUCGAUGUCAAUGCGAUCCUCUACUAUCGGGACUUCGCGAGAGAUGCGAUCCACUGUUCUGAGUGUCUCAGUAGAAUAGCCAUCCUCGACACCUGGAGAAACGUCCAUGCCUUCGUGAUUUUCGAUCACUGGAGUUUCGCGAGUCAGGGCAUCGCGAUGGAAUCUGGCAGGAAAAAGAGGACCGUGCUGACUCUCCAGCAGAAAAAAGAAAUCCUAGUGUGCCUGGAUCAGGGUGAAUUGCAAGCGACUUUGGCCAAGAAAUUCGGAGUCGACAAAAGCACGAUUUGCUACAUCAAGAAGAAUGCAGAUCAGAUCCGACGGUACGUUCAGUCUCGAAGUGAGCAAUUCGGCCCCAAAGAUGCGAAAGUGAUGAAAACCGCCGAAAACGAACUUCUGGAUGCGGCUCUCUUUCUGUGGUUCCUUCAGAAACGUCACAUUGGAUUUCCACUCUCGGGCCCGAUCAUCUGCGCCAAAGCUCUGGAACUCUAUCCGAAGCUCGGCGGAACUCGAGAUUUCCGAGCUAGCAACGGAACAUCGGAACUUUCGACCCUCGAAUUCAUCUAUAAUGGUGAUGAAACAGGACUGUACUACAGGGCGCUACCAAGCAGAUCGCUAGCAGCGCGCAAUGAGCGGUCGGCGCCGGGACGGAAGGCGAGCAAGGAUAGGGUGACUGUUAUGACAUGUGCCAAUGCCACAGGCAAUCACAGGAUCCCCAUUCUAUUGAUCGGAAGGUCUCAAAAUCCAAGAUGUUUUCGAGGAGCGAGCAUCCCGCUUGUUUAUCGAGCGCAAAGAAAAUCAUGGAUGAGUCGAGACAUUUUCGUUGACUGGUAUGAGAACACUUUUACCCCAGCAGUCGAAGCACAUCAGAAGAUCAUAGGCAAAGAAGGAAACGUAUUGCUCAUUUUGGAUAAUGCUCCUUCGCACGCGCCGCUGACUACCAUGGAGACCAAGAACGGAAAAUUCACCGUCACAUUCUUGCCGCCGAAUGUAACUGCUAUCCUUCAACCGAUGGAUCAAGGCGUCAUUGUCGCCCUGAAACGUUUAUACCGUAAACAGCUGAUGUUCAGGAUGCUCUGUCUUAUCGAGAAUGACGCAGCGGCGGCGUCAGGGAACCUCAGUAAGCUGAUUGAUCUCAAAGAUUGUUGCUUGAUGCUGUCUCAAGCGUGGGCUUCAGUGAGAACCUCAACCUUGCGGAAUGCCUGGAACAAGUUGAUGCCAAUCGGCUUCGGAGGAGAGCCUGCUUUCAUGGACGAUUCGUUUGAAAUCGCAGUUCUCGGGGAGAACUUGCGACAAGAUCCAAGAUUCGCCGAAUGCGACGCGACUGACAUAGAGGAAUGGUUGGAUUGCGACUCGGAGGAAACUGGCAACCUAAAUCUCAACGACGAAGAAAUCAUCGAACAAGUGCUGGCAGCUUUUGGUGAGGGAGAAGGCCCGCAGGAAGAUUUCGAGGAAACUUCGGAUGAUGAAGAGGUCUCAGACACUCUCUCCGGGCUCCGUCCAACCCCGAUGCAGGCGGUAGAAGCCUUCGACACGGCAAUUCGAUGGUUGCGUAGUCAGGAAGAGUGCGAAGCCGAGGAUCUUCUUCGACUGAUCCGUCUUCGAGAUGUAGCGUCUGUGCAUGGGAGGAACUGA